AUGGACAACACUGAAUCAGCAGUAAUAGAGGAGGACAAAAUUAAAGCUAAUGACAUUUGGUUACACUUAAAGGUAUGGAAACAAAGCAAAGAAAAUUGUGAAGAAUUUUUUCGUAACAAGAAAAUUAUGCAUUUGUCAGAAUAUAUUUCAAAAUAUGAUGAUCAUAUAAAAAACAAAAAAGAUAAAGAAGAGAUAAUUAUUCUAUGUACUGUUGUUAAUAUACCAUAUCAAACAAGGAAAUAUAAUCAAGAAAAAUAUAUUUUUUGGGAUGUGUCAGAUUUAAAAGAAACACAGUCUAGGUUAUUCUUAACAGGGGAAAUAUGUGAAAAAAAUGAAAAUGAAAAGGAAGGGAUAGUUGUUGCUUUAGUCAAUCCAUUUAUAAAAGAUAAAGAUCCUCAAUACUAUAAUUCAAGAAUUUUAGAAGUACAUGAUAGCAAUAAUUUAAAAGUAAUUGGAUCAGUUGAUCAUUUGGAAAAAUGCAAAGGGAGGAAAAGAAAUGGGGAAGGUUGUAAAAUUAUUUUGUAUACCCCUCUAUCAGGAAAUUACUGUAAAUAUCACAUUAAGCAGGAUAGAAAGAAAAAGGGGAAAAAAAGAACCAUGAACAGUGCAUAUGGGAAAGAUGAGCAUAGUAAUGCAAAUGUCAAUGAGGAUCUGACUUAUGAUAUUGUCACUAACUUAGGUGAAGAAGCGGAAAACAGCUCAAUCACGACUAACAUGAUGGACAAUGAUAAGGAAAGUAGGGCUAAAAAAAAAGCAAAAAAAGAAGGAAGCAAGAACAAAGGAGGGGAAGAAGUAGCAGGAGAAAGCGCGGGGCAUAACGAAGAAACGUUCGAUGUCGAAUCCAUCAUAGGUAUGUACACAAAGAAGUUAGUCGUUAAGGAUAAAAAAAAAAAAAUGGAGCUAAUUAAUGACAGAAUAAAAGAAUUAGACAACUACUCAAAAUUGAAUAAUGAAGCUAUUAAUAUAGAUAUUCUAAAAAAUAAGGAUACUAUAACAAAGGAAGAAAUUCCAACAACAACGCAGAGAUCUAUAAAUGAUAUUUUUUCAGAGCAGUGUCCUGAACUAAUGCAUCUUAUUUAUAAGUCUAAUAAAAAAAAGGAAGAAGAAAAUGAUAUAAAUAAAAAGGACAGUAUAAAAGUAAAAGAAGUAAACUCUUCUACUCAAACGAACGUAAUUACAGCUUCAAAUGAAAAAAAACAGAAGAAAAAGUUUGAAAGCUUUUUAAAUAAAUUAAAUGAAUUGAAAAAGUCACGAGAUGAAAAUGAUGUGAAAACUUUAUUAAAUGGUUUAACACAUGUUACCAAUAAUUUUCACUUUAGCUUAAAUCAUAUAAACAAUUCUAACAUAUUCGAUAUAUGCUAUAAGUUAAUGGAUCAUCGAAGUGAGGAAAUUGCCAUAGCAGCUCUAAAAUUUAAAAGAAGAAUUAACAAGCUUUACAUUGAUUAUUAUAAAAACAGACAGAAAUAUAAAAACGAUGCGGAGUUUGUAAAUGUGAGCUCCUGCAAUAUGCAUGAGGCACAGGAUGAAGUCACAAAGGAAUAG